UUCAGGUUUCUUUACGUAGUUUUGGCCCUUUUGGGUGUUCACCGUAGUUUUUAAAAAACCCAUUGUGUCAUUUCUUGCACUUGGCCGUCGAAAGAGUGGAUGUUUUCGUUUUGGCUGAGGGAGAGGGCGAGGGCCUAGUGGUUGGAAAAUUUUCCUUUUGAGGGUCAGUCAAGGAUCUUGAAUUUAUGUUGCCUAUGAUUCUCUCGGUGCUUCGCUUCUUUCUAUGUUGGGAAACCAAAAUCCAUGGAUUUGGCUUCUUAAGCUGUUAGAUGUGUUUCAUGGAGUCAUCCGUCUGAAGUCAUGGAUUUGGAUAUUUACGACAAAACAACAUUGCAAGGCUAUGGUCUAUGGAGCUUCUAUCGGAAGUCCCAAGUUCCUUGGUCUUGCCUUAUUCUGGGCUGUGAAGAUGGUUCAAAAUUAAAGUGGUACAACUUCUUAUAGACGUUUUCUUUGUGGUAGUAGUUGAACUUGAAACAGAGAUCCUAUCCCAUCUUUCAUUUGUGGUAUCGGUUACGUAUGAGAGAGAGAGAGAGAGAGAGAGAGAGAGAGAGAUUUCACUUGGUCACUUGCCUCCUGGACUGGAAUAGCAGUAGUAGUUCCCUUUUGUGUCGGUAGCUCAUUCUUAAUUCAAUUCGAUAUAUAAAUAUACGUAUAUAAGAGCAGUUAGAGACGACUCAUGGUAGACAAGGCGGUGCCUUCACCGUUUAUUAAUGCAGCUCUACUCCGACCACCCCUUCGUAGUACCUUCAAAUUCUCUACUCUUGUGUUUGCCCGAGCUUCUUCAUCCAUGGAACAGCCACAGCAGCAGCAGAGAGUGGUGGUUUGCGGUGGUGGAGUCAUCGGCGUCUGCACCGCCUACUUCUUAGCCAAGAAGGGUGCCGCCGUCACUAUUGUUGAGAAAUCCUCCAUCGCUUGCGCCGCCUCCGGAAAAGCCGGUGGCUUCCUCGCCCUUGAUUGGUGCGAUGACGGAUCCCUCUUCAAUCUCGCUCGUACCAGCUUCAACCUCCAUCGCUCCCUUGCCCUUGAACUUGAUGGUCCACAAGCUUACGGUUACCGUCCACUUGACACCCUCAGCCUCAUGGUCACCGAGGAGCAGCAACCCACCAGCACUUCUCGCUCCAUUCUCCCUCCUUGGGUGGACGGACCUGCUCGGAACCCUAGGACAAUCGGUACAACAGAGACCACCGCCCAAGUCCACCCGCUGCUCUUCACUCGAACAUUGCUUUCGUCUGCCAUGGCCAAACACGGCUUGGAGGUUGUGAUCGGAGAGGUUGAGCGGAUUGAGGUGGAGGGAGGUCGAGCAACAGCCGUGGUGCUCAAGGAUGGGGAGCGGGUGAUCGCGGCAGAUGCCGUGGUGUUGGCUCUGGGCCCAUGGUCUGGUCGUUUACCUCUGCUAUCUUCCCUUUUCAGGGUAUAUGGUCUCAAGGCUCAUAGCAUUGUUCUAGAGCCGCGGGAGCCCGGAGCCAUAACUCCUCAUGCGCUCUUCCUCAGUUAUUAUCCCGCACAGGGAGGAAAGCCCAUGGAUCCCGAAGUGUACCCUCGUCCUACAGGGGAGGUAUACUUGUGUGGGAUGUCGAAGGAAGCGGAGGUGCCGGACGACCCCGAGCAAGUGAUGGGUGAUCCUGAAUCCAUUAAGGUGCUUAGGAGAGUGGCUGGAUCAGUGUCGAGCUAUCUCGGGGAAGGGGAAGCAAAUCUAAAGAUUGGACAGGCAUGCUUCUUGCCAUGUACCGAUGACAGUAAACCGGUGAUCGGGGAGGUUCCCAAUGCCAAGGGUUGUUAUGUUGCAACCGGGCAUAGCUGUUGGGGCAUCUUGAAUGGCCCUGCCACCGGGGCUGCAAUGGCGGAGCUUGUUUUGGAUGGGCGAGCCAGCAUUGUCGAUCUUACUCCCUUCAGUCCGGCCAGAUUUGUGGGUGCCCGGAAGCACUAGAAUUCUCUCUACACUCUACUCCUCCUGUUCGAUCAUUCAAUCCUUAUUAUUCUCUUUAUAAUUAUUUCUGUUUCUACUUUCUCUGAUAAUAAAAUCAAGGGUUUCAGUAAUUAGUGAGUUUAGUUUGGAUCGAGAUGUGAGAAUGAAAUUGGAGAUUAGUUGAUAAUAUAUAAUUAUAUAUUGCCUGUUCCUUGGUUCCUCAGGCCUCAA